GCCCCAAAAAGCUUUGGUCUUUUUUAAGCGCAAAGCACUUCGUCCUCCUUCCUUCCUUCUGAUGGAUCAGCAGCAAUCAGGUGUUGAAAUCAAGAACAAGAAGCUCGAACAAUUUACCGCUCCCACACCUCAAAACACACCAAGCAAUCCAGCCCCUAUUACCUCAACUUAUCGCCCAACCGUAGAGUCUAUUUCUGAAGAUAUGGAAACUAUUAAUACUGGUUCUGCUGCCCAAGGUGCUGCAGGUGCAUUCUCUGCCAAUCCCGCUCUUUUGAGCAUGCUCCAAGGAAGACUUGGUAGCCUUAUUGGUCGUUCUUCCGGCUAUAUCGAAUCUCUCCCCUCAGAUGUCAAGCGCCGUCUUAAUGGUCUUAAGUACCUCCAAACCAAGCACGCUGAACUUGAGACUCAAUUCCAAGAAGAAAUCUUGGUACUUGAGAAGAAAUACCUUGAGUUGUAUCGUCCUUUGUAUGAGAAGCGUACUUCCAUCGUUGUUGGAAAGCUCGAGCCCACUGACGAUGAGGUUGCCAUUGGCGAAAAGGUCGACGCCGAUGAGAAUGAGGAAGCCGCUGCCGAGGAAGACAAGAAGGAGAAAGAGGAUGAAGAGAAGGUUAACGGUAUUCCCGAGUUCUGGCUUACCGCCCUCAAGAACCACCCACAAUUCUCAGAGAUCAUCACCGAAAAGGAUGAGGAGGUUCUCAAGCACCUCAUUGAUGUCCGCAUGUCAUACAUUGAAAAGCCUGGUUUCCGAUUGGAAUUCGACUUUGAAGAAAAUGAGUACUUCACAAACACCACUUUGAGCAAGACCUACUUCUACCAAGAUCAAGCUGGCUAUGGUGGUGACUUUGUUUACGAUCAUGCUGAAGGAAGCGAAAUCAACUGGAAGGAGGGCAAGGACCUUACUGUCACUGUUGAAACCAAGAAGCAACGACACAAGGAUACCAACAAGACACGCGUUGUCAAGCGCACUGUCCCUGCUGAUACUUUCUUCCUUUUCUUCAGCCCACCAGCUGUCCCCGCUGACGGUGAAGUCAUUGACGAAGAAGAGGCUGAAGGUCUUGAUGAGAAGUUGGAACAAGAUUAUGAUUUGGGCGAGGAAUUCAAAGAGAAGAUCAUCCCCCAUGCCGUUGACUAUUUCACCGGCAAAGCUUUGGAAUAUGGCGAUUAUGACGAAGGUGAUGACGAUUUUGAAGAUGACUUCUAUGAUGAUGAGGAUGAUGAAGAUGAGGAUGACGACGAUGAUGAUGAUGAAGACGACGAUGACGAUGAAACUCGACCUGCUAGAGGCGAAAAUGCACCCGAGUGCAAGCAAUCUUAAAGCUUUUAUUCGUUUUCAUCAUCUGUUUCUACACAUUCAACCUACAGUUUGUCGUUUUUCUCCUAUAAAUGCAGCAGAAUAUCUUCCCCCCAUUC